AUGAAUUUUCAACUUCCAUCUGAAGUGAUCCUUACAGAUGCUUUUCGUUUAGGUGAAGGAAUGAUAUUUUCAUAUGACGAUGCGAGAAAGUUCCUAUUAACUGAUAAUCACGGCAAAAAUAUGGUUGAUAGAUUAAUUUCUUACUUAAUUUGUUUAAAGAUCAUAUCACCAUUAAGACCAAAAUGGUCAGAAAGCCUAUUAAUUGCAGUUGAUAUGUACUAUAGUUCUCUCAAAUAUUAUUUCAAAGAUGAUUACAAAAAUGCUUUACGAAUUGUUUCGACAAAGAGCGAAUCUAUCAUGAGUGUUGAUUUUCCAAGGACUCUCGGUUGGUUUAAUGAGAUGGCUCCUACAAUUGGAGCUGAAAUUUCGAAAGAAAUAGACGUUUUAGAAAUAAUAUCAAGAAUAUUUGCUAUUUUAGAGCGAGAACACCCUGAACUUCAAUAUACUCAAGGUUUCGAUCGGUACGCAUACAGCUUUUUUGCAAUGGCUUUAAGUUUUUGCCAAAAAGGCUCUUUGCCAAUCGAAUUCGGCGAAGCAAUUACAUAUCAUCUCGUUUGUAAUACAAUAAGCUUGCUUCCAAUGACAAAACUCCUUGAUGAUCAACAAAAAUUAAUGGAACAUUUUGACAGGCUUGAUAAGGUUUUAAUGAAUUAUGACUAUCAGAAAUACAAAUUACUUACAGAUUUCAAUGCUUCGAUCCUCUUCUUUGGAGUUCGUUUCGAAAUGUUAUUAUUUGCAGAUGAACACUCUUUUGAAGAAACUCUACGAAUAUGGGAUCAAAUCUUCGGUAGAUUAGAAAGUUAUGAAUACAUGAUAAACGCAUUUACCCUUGCUCAUGUUCAUCAGGCAAAAAUUGAAGAUGAUUGCCCGAAUGUCUUAGAAUCUAUACUUCACAACCAGAAAUGGGAUGUUGAUAAGCUUAUUUUAGAUGCAAAUGCAUUGCUACAUCAUCAGAAAAGUAUCAAAGAAACUUUAUGUGAAGCAUGUUGUCCAAAACUUACAAGAUUCCAUGGAUACUCGAUCGCUUCCGAUUUUGUGUUUUUCGAAUAA